GUCAUCGCGGCCCAAUGAUGGCGUCCGGCUUCAAUCUCUGUCGGAGAAUCCGGACCUGGGCCUUUUAUAUAGUAACCGGCAUGAUGUGUGCUGUCAUCGAAACCAGUACCUGCUAUACAUGUAAACACCGUGUUCCGGAUUUGAGAGAGGUGAUUUACCAGGUUUAUUUAGAACCAAGUCGAAUUACCAGGAGAAGUAUUGAUCAGCAUCUAAGAAUAAAAAUUGUGUAUGAUUUAAGUAUUGAAUAUUUACCCAUGGAUAAAAAAUACUUAGUUAAGAAUAAACUGUUCCCGAAAGCUAUUAAGUAUUUGCAAAAGGCAUUGCAAGUUCGUAAAGUAGUUGGCCCAAUUCUGCUAACCAGGCCAUGUGCAACCAAUCAGUACUUAAGAAAAAAGGAUGAUCCGCACAUGUAUUGUCAAGGUGCCUGUGCUGAGAUCACAAGAUGUGGUCCAGUGAUAGUGCCAGAAGAGCAUUUGCAGCAAUGCAGGGUGUGUAGUGAAAAUGGAAAAUCUUGUGGGUCUGCAGGGUUAACUGAUGGUCCAGGUGUUUUGGAUGCCGACUUUUUACUCUAUGUGAGUGCACUGACUACAGAACGCUGUGGACAGGAGGACAUUGUAGCCUAUGCAGCAUACUGUCAGCUGGAAGCAGAAUUGGACAGGCCUAUUGCUGGAUAUGCAAACCUGUGUCCAAGUAUGAUCCCCACUGAGCCACAAGAGUUCCAAGGCAUGUUGUCAACAGUGAAACAUGAAAUUGUCCAUGCAUUGGGCUUCUCUGCAGGACUUUUUGCUUUCUACCGUGAUGAUGAGGGAAAACCUCUAACUACAAGAAAGGCAAAUGGUCUUCCACCUUUUAAUGAAUCACUUGGAUUGUAUCAGUGGAGUGACAAAGUUGCACGCAAGGCAGUAAGGUUAUGGGAUAUACGGGGGAACAAGAAGCUUAACCAUGAGGUGGUCCUCCUUGUAACUCCACGAGUUGUUAAAGAAGCUCAGAAGCACUUCAACUGCCCAAUUCUUGAAGGAAUGGAACUUGAGAAUCAAGGUGGCAUGGGUACAGAACUGAAUCACUGGGAAAAGAGGUUGCUGGAGAAUGAAGCAAUGACAGGAUCUCACACACAGAACAGAGUAUUCUCCAGGUUAACCUUGGCAGCGUUAGAAGAUACCGGCUGGUACAAAGCCAAUUACAGCAUGGCAGAGAGACUGGAGUGGGGUGAAGGUAUGGGCUGUGACUUUGUAACGAAAAGCUGCAAGUUCUGGAUUGACCGACAACGGAAGAUGAAUAAGAGUGUAACUCCAUAUUGUGACACACAGAGGGCAUCUCCAUUACAGUUGACAUGUCGACAGGAUCAGAAGGCUGUGGCAGUAUGUAAUUUAGAAAAGUACCCAACGCAUCUACCAUCCGAGUAUCAGUAUUUUGACUACCUUGAUGGUGUACGAGAGGGAGAGCUGCAGUACUAUGGUGGAUCAGUGGAGAUAGCUGACUACUGCCCUUUUAGCCAAGAGUUCAGCUGGUACAUAAGUGGAGAAUUCCAACGUGGCUCUGAUUGCAGGAUUUCUCAGAAUCAACCAGAACCUUCUCGAAACUAUGGUGCUGAAGAAUAUGGACCAGACUCUGUCUGCCUAACUCAGAAAUCUCGUUUUGUUAUGCAGCAGUGCAACAAGAGCCCAAGCUCUCCAGAUUGGGGUAGUGGGUGUUAUAGAGUUUCCUGUACAACUGAGGGACUAACCAUUUGGGUUUCUAAUAAGUCCUAUUUAUGCAGUCGAGCAGGGCAGGUACUAUCUAUUAAUGUUAUGAAGAAUGACUGGGUCUACACGGGAAGCCUGGUAUGUCCAUCUUGUUUUGACUUCUGCAGUAUUUGUCCACCAGAGCGGGAUCCACCAUCAAAUAAUUUCACAAGGACAAUUCCGAUAGAUCCCUGCUCCAGCUCAUCAGGAUUGGUGGUUACUCUUUGGUUGCUAGUGACUAACUUCCUCCCUCUGGUGGUUGGCUUCUUCCUUUGUGUGUGGAAUUAACUUCAGUGCACUAUCCCAUUAAAGGAUAUACUAAAGUGGUACAGUUUGAACACUGCCACAGUUAAGCAUCAUUCUGCAAAGGAAUCUACAAGGUGCUUUUACCAAAAGGACUGAAUUCUGUCUUCAUGGUAGGUACAAGGCCUGAUUGCAACUUUUAACCUCAGUUGAUUAAACACUUCAAGAAACCAUGACUAUGUUAAAUGACAAGGGUGCUAACACUGUACUUUGUGUAUUGAACAGAACUGAACUACCUCUACACCUCUUCAUGGUGAAAUGAGUUAAAUGUAAUCUCUCCUCUGAUUCCCUGAAUUUGCUCAGUGAUUUUCAGUGUUUGAACGUCAUACAUAAAUGGUACUGACUGGCACAAAUUGUCGAGUAGACUUCACGAGCAUGUCAAUCCUACCAUCACUAUUUGCACUUGUGUUGCUUGUUUUACUUUUAGUGCCUCAGUUUUAUCAAAAAAAUCCUGCACAAUUGUUAAUAAUUGGUAGAACUUCCGUAUUAAUAAUUCUGUGAACAUCAGAAAUUUGAUUAUUGUUCUAAGUAAAAAAGUUUACCUUGGAUGUCAUGUUUAACAAUAAGUAACGUUGCCCAUUUUGUAACCCUUUUCUGUUUUCCUUGCACUGUAUAGUCUGUAAUCAGAUGUAAAAAUGCCCAUAAUUCUGGGUACCAUAGAAGUUGGGUAUACAACAUUACUUAAAAGAAAAAAUUGACAAGGGAUUAAAAUAAAAUAUUGAAGACUAGUGGAUAACUUUUCCACUUGGAUCCCUUAAUGGCUCAAUUGAAUCGCUGGUGGGGAAAAAGGUCCCAAGUUGGAUCAGGCUCAGUUACAAUGCUCCACAAGAUUGAAUUAUUGUGAAUACUAACAGGCAAGGCUUGUAAAUGAAGAGUUGUCACUUGUGUGAGUUAUUGAUGGCUGCCUAACACCUGUGACCCAGCAAGACAUUGGCACUUUGAGAACAGGUGGAGGAAAAGCUGAAUUAAAAACAUUUAUUUUUGUCAGUUUUUUAAAAGCUUAUUUAAGGUAAAAUUAAACCAGAUAGCUCCCUUUUACAAUGGACCUAUAGAAGCCAAAGCAGUCUAUGUAAGUUAAUUUUAUCUGUGAUCAUUUAACCAUAACAUUUAACUAUAAAAUUACUAAGAUUAUACUGGUCAGAUAACCAUCCUGAACAGGGAGAACAAAUUUCCAAUUAGGUAUCUCCUCGUCUUUGUGACAGACUGUGAAUAUUAAAGAACUAUGAUUGUGCAAUACAUGUUUUGCAGGCACAUAUUAAUGUUAUUCAGUUAUGGUUUCUUUUUCUAAUAGGUCAGAAAUUAUUUGGGGGGUCAAAUCAAAAACUGUUCUAUUACAGAGCAGAUAGGUCAGAUUAGCUAUGUGAAGAAUUAUUAGACCUUGAGAAUUACUGCUGUUAAGAUAACAGUUUUCAUGUUGCAUUGCAGUUCUACAUUCUAUCAAAAAAAAAGCAAAAAUGUUUGUGACACAAAACUACUGUCAACUGUAAUCUUUCAGGCUUCUCUUUGGUUCAUUUGGCACCAUGCCAUGGAUUUCACAAGAUGAUAAUGUAGACCAAAUAAUUUUAUUUGACCCUAUGAAUAAAAAGUGACCAUGGCUUUACUCUGCAGUGCAUCCUGUUCAUAGAUAUGUUUUGUGGAUUUGUUGGUUCAGUUUUAGGGAGGCAGUCUAUGUAGACAUAAAACAUAUUACUGUUUCACUGUUUAACAGUUACUUGAAUCUUAUUAGAGAGAAUUUUCAUGCAGAUUAAAUUUUGUUGUGAGUGUGUUUUGAAUGUAGGUCUCAAGAAUGUAAUCAACUUAUCUCAGGAUAUGAAUUAUCAGCAUGGCUAAACACAUGUUUUAAUACUUAAAAUAUUCUAGAUAAAAAUCCUUUCUGUUCAUUAUGCUGUUAACUUAUCAGGCACUUUCUAGUCAACUAUAUCACUUGCUAGCGUGAAUCUGAUGAAGAUAAAAACCAUGUGCAAUAUAUCCAAUGUUUUUCAUUUUUUCCUAAUAAUUGUAUAUUAGGAAAUUCAUUGUACAAGCACAGGGGGCUAGCUACUGUUGCAGUUCAUUUAUUAGAAUGUUCAAAUGUGCUUUUUAUAUUUAUAUAAAUUGAAGGAAUGAUGUAGAUUAUCAUUAUGCUCUUAGCAGUUAGGUCUAGAAGAAAUAACUGACCUUCAUAGCUCAAUAUUUGGAUUACAAAUGUGGCAAUUGCUAAGAGUAGACAAAUAACCUGUUUUUAAAAAACAUCGUAAAAUGGAGAAUGAUGAGUAUAACACUUACAGUAACCGUUACACCUGAUCAGGCAAUUUACUAUUUGUUGAAUUUUCAUGGAUAUGAAAUAAAACAUUAACUAAAUCAAUGCCUUGGUGUGAUAUAGUUGAGAGCAGUAAUUAUGUUUUCUUCUGACUAUUUUGAAGAUUGUAAACGCAACAUGUAGCACAUUGAUAAGUAGAAUUGUCAGACUGAUAUUUCUAAUUGCUGAAAAAGUUUGGAUGUUUCAUUUCAAAUUGCAAUAUUCAAAUAUUAUUUAUCAAGUUAGCCAGAUUUGCUUUUGGAAGAAAUUAUGUAAUGUUCUCAGAAAUGGGAAUAUUUAGUAUGAGGGGUGGGGAAAUGUCGUGUUCUCUGCCAUGUUUUGUGUUUUUCCCCUAACAUACAUGUGUUACGAAAUCCAUUCAUCUGUGUCUCUGAGUGCUAUGUAAGCUUAUAGUCUGUAGAGAUUGUAACAUUUAAGGUACAGGAUGUUCCAUUGUUUGUUACAUUUAUUUCUGCCUAGUAACAAGGGUAGGACUCUCUUUGAGUGUUUUGAAAGGUCACCAGAUCAGUUCAAGGGUCAAUGAACAGUCAAUUUGAGUCAGUCAUUCAGUUUUAAUCAGAAAAUAAGUAUCCCAGGGAGAGGGACAGGGACAGGUCUCAAAAGGAAGUCCCAGGUAAGAUACAAACACAGGGGACAGAAACGGUUACCAGUUAAGUAAAAGGAAAGGAUCAGAGAAACAGGCUACAAGUUAAAGAAAGGGCUGUGGGGAGUGGACUUUAAGUGAAUUGGGCUUGGGAGAAGCGGUGAUAAUCUAAGGGGGCUCAUAAAAAGACCUGACGAUCCGAGAAGGCAGCCGAAGGUUGGUAACUCCGUGCUGCAGGCCACAGGGGCAAAGGUAUUCCUUUGAAGCAAUGGUGUCCUGCUUGACACCGCCAAAGAUCUGAAUUGUAAAUUGAUGCUUGAGUGUACUCGGAAAUUCAGGGGAAUGUAAUCUCAGAGGGUGAGAUUGAAAUCCUGUGAGAUGGGCCGUUGUUGAAACUGUCUGAGUUGGAGAGACUCCAAGGCAAGAUCUUCGAAGUGAAGAUUGGGAACCCUCAUGAGAGAGACGAAGUUUCAGUGAGAUUGCUUGACUCAGUGUGAUGAACGUCUGGGCAGGUUGUUGAGAAAUUGAUGGAAUCUAUUUUGGUAGCAUUUGGCAUUUAUUCUGUAGUGGGAUGUGUUCAACCACAGUUUGCCUGUUAAUUCACACAUAAUUCACACUUACCCUGAAUGUUGGAGUAUAUGAUAGAUAUUGUAAAGUGUUUACCUUUCUGAACUUGUAUAGUAAAGUUUAUCUUUGUUCUAAA